AUGUUGAAAAGUGCUUCAAAAGUAACAAUUAACACUGGAAACGUGUUAAAUCUCAUUGACAUAAAGAAAAAAGCUGGACAGAAUGUAACUGAAGAGUUAUCUGAAAGCAUCAAGCUUACCCUCUCUGAGUGGGGUACUCAAAAUGGCCUCCCCACACAAAAUGGUACUUCUGAAUCAAACUCUCAGCACUACAUGGUUGUAUCCACAUCCAAGGCUUUAGAAGCUGUGGUAAACAUCACCAGGCCACAUGAUGACGUCCAGAUCAAAAUGGCUGAAGAGGAUCGAAAGAACCUCAAGAUUGGUGUGAAGAUAUUUAUUAAUGAGGACAGCCCAACAGCCUUGAGUGAAUGCUUGGAGAAUGUUUUCACUGCACUGCGCACCGAGCUGAUAGAAAACGUAAUCCUAUCAUACAACCCUGAGAACGUCCACAAAGAGGGUCGAGACGAAAAUAUGAAGAGUACAUUUACUAAGGCAUCGCCUAUUUCGCUUGGAAGUAAUGUUGUCGUUCGCAAUUCAAGCAACGAAAUGGAGGCAGACAGCGACGCGGACGCAAUGAAAUGUGAAGCCAUCCUUCCGGGCAUCAAAACACUCUGGGCCGUUCUAGAAGAUUAUGUAAAAGACGGUCGAGUCCUCCAACUUGGAGUGGCCGAUGUAGGGGGCGGUUGCCUCUAUAAGUUGCACGGCUGGGCUAAAGUAAAGCCCUCCAUAGCUCAAAUUAACCUCGCCUCUUGCUGCGUGGUGCCACCGAGUCUCCACACGUUCUGCAAAGCCAAUGACGUACAGUUGCUUACUCACGCUGAUCCGCCAGAUCUAUUAUCUGUGGCUGCACUUAAGACGCUUUCGGACGCAGGCAUCGGUUGCAACAACCUGGACUGGUGCGCGAGGUACCAGGUUCACAUAAAAUGCAGGGGGGUGCUCGCUCUCAAGGGAUACGUAUGCAAAGCAUCUAUUGGCCCUCAGUAG